GGAGAGCGGAAGUACUCCUGGUGCGUCAGAGCUGGUGGGAAUCCAUGGACUGGGAGGGUCAGACUAACACGAAGACGUUGUAUCAAAACGGAUAGGGUGCCAAAUUUCCAGAGACCGGAAGUGGACCGGCCAGGCCGGGGAUAAGCGCUGACUGGCCUGAGGAACCCCGCACGAUCGUCUGGAAAGACAGCUACGGUGGGGUACCGGUGGAUCCCCUAUCAUCAAUACAGCCUCGGGCCCUGGCCCCUCAGCCAACCGGGGCCCGGGAUGACAGUGGGAUUACUGAGCCUGACCGGUAAAAUUACGGGCCUCGCUAACUUAGGAAGUGAUGGACCGUACAGGCUUCCCCUCCUUCUUCGGUGUUAUCACUGAGCUUCUCCAGUCAACGGUCGAUGAUUCCCCCUCCUUGCUUUGUUUUUUGGGUAAGUUUAGUUCUUUUUGUGAUUUUCUUUUUAUUUUCAUUUCUAAUCAAUUCAUUUCUUAUUUUUCUUUUUUGUUUCCGCUUCCCACCUUUUCCCCUCCUGACCCCCCCCAUUCGGUCCUGUCCAUUCGCCAUACAAUUGAAAGGUAUUAAUACCGUGGGAUCUCCCCCUCCUUUGCCUGACACCGUUGUUUCUUCUCCUCAUCUCCCCUCCUCUAAACACCUCUCUCUAUACCAACACCCCACUCCUUCCAGUGAUACCCCCUUUCUCGUUUCUUCAUCUCCUCCCUCACCAUGGCCGACCUUUUCACCACCAUCGAGACCCCUUCGGGCAAAUACGAGCAACCCUUGGGCCUGUUCAUCAACAAUGAGUUCGUCAAGGCCAAGAGUGGCCGCACGUUCGAGACCAUCAACCCCACCAACGAGAAGCCAAUUGUAGCCGUCCAGGAGGCGGACGAGAAUGAUGUCGAAGAUGCCGUCAAGGCUGCCCGUGCUGCCUUCGAGGGCGAUUGGAGGAAGGUGACUCCCUCGGAACGUGGCCGCCUGCUCACCAAGCUGGCCGACCUCUUCGAGCGUGAUAUCGACAUCCUGGCUGCUAUCGAAUCCCUUGACAACGGCAAGGCCUUCACCAUGGCUAAGGGUGACGUUGGCGCCGCCGCCGGCUGCCUUCGCUACUACGGUGGCUGGGCUGAUAAGAUUCACGGCCAAACCAUUGAUACCAACCCAGAGUCUCUUACCUACACCCGCCACGAGCCCAUUGGUGUCUGUGGUCAGAUCAUCCCUUGGAACUUCCCUCUUCUGAUGUGGUCCUGGAAGAUUGGACCUGCCGUCGCUGCCGGUAACGUCGUCGUCCUCAAGACCGCUGAGCAGACUCCCCUGUCUGGUCUCUAUGCCGCCAAGCUCAUCAAGGAAGCUGGCUUCCCUGCUGGUGUCGUUAACAUCAUCUCUGGUUUCGGCCGUGUUGCCGGUGCUGCCAUCUCCAGCCACAUGGAUAUUGAUAAGAUUGCCUUCACUGGUUCGACUCUGGUUGGUCGUAUGAUUCUCCAGGCCGCCGCCAAGAGCAACCUGAAGAAGGUCACUCUGGAGUUGGGUGGCAAGUCCCCUAACAUUGUCUUCGACGAUGCCGACAUCGACAACGCCAUCUCUUGGUCCAACUUCGGUAUCUUCUUCAACCACGGCCAGUGCUGCUGCGCUGGUUCCCGUAUCCUGGUCCAGGAGGGCAUCCACGACAAGUUCGUUGCCCGCUUCAAGGAGCGCGCCGCUGCCAACAAGCUCGGCAACCCCUUCACGGCCGACACCUUCCAGGGCCCUCAGGUCUCGCAGCUGCAGUUCGACCGCAUCAUGGAGUACAUCGACCACGGCAAGAAGGAGGGUGCUACCGUUGCCACCGGUGGUGAGCGUCACGGAACCGAGGGUUACUUCAUCCAGCCUACCGUCUUCACCGAUGUCCACAGCGACAUGAAGAUUGCCAAGGAGGAGAUCUUCGGCCCCGUCGUCACCGUGCAGAAGUUCAAGGAUGAGGAGGAGGCCAUCAAGAUCGGUAACAGCACCUCGUACGGUCUUGCCGCUGCCGUCCACACCAAGAACGUCAACACUGCCAUCCGCGUCUCCAACGCCCUCCGGGCCGGAACCGUCUGGAUCAACAACUACAACAUGAUCAACUACCAGGCUCCCUUCGGUGGCUUCAAGGAGUCGGGUAUUGGCCGUGAACUGGGCUCCUACGCCCUCGAGAACUACACCCAGGUCAAGACUGUGCACUACCGCCUGGGCGACGCUCUCUUUGCUUAAAUGAAAUUUAUGAUGAAAUAAUGAAAUAUUUUACCCGUUCCAUUUUGGCGAUGGCUUUGAUCUUUUGUCAUUCCAUGUAAACAUAGGAUAUGAAUUCACGAUGAAAUUGUGACUCCCU